CGACGCCAAUUCCUCACUCCUCUCUUCUCUCACACAAAUCCCUUUUUUUUCCCAUUCUUUCUUUCUCAUUUUCUCUCUUCCCAAACACUAAUUUUCCCGGGAAUCUUAUUAAUUUUCUCGGGAAAAUAAAUCCCCCUUCAAUGGUUCUUCUCUAGAACAACAAAACCCAUAAACAAAAAAAAAAAAACACCCACUUUUUUCCUCUGUUUUUCAUCUCCUUCAUUAACAAAAUCAAUCAAAUCAAGAUGGGAAACGACACCGCUUUAACUCUCGAAGAGAUCAAGAACGAGACUGUUGAUCUGGAAAAAAUCCCUAUUGAGGAAGUGUUUGAGCAGCUGAAAUGUACAAGAGAAGGUUUAAGUUCUCAAGAAGGGGAGAACCGUCUUCAAAUCUUCGGUCCCAACAAGCUAGAAGAGAAAAAGGAAAGCAAGAUUUUGAAGUUUCUUGGGUUUAUGUGGAAUCCUCUGUCUUGGGUCAUGGAAGCUGCAGCUAUCAUGGCCAUUGCUUUGGCCAACGGUGGCGGUCGGGGACCGGAUUGGCAGGACUUCGUCGGUAUUGUUUGUCUGUUGGUUAUCAACUCCACUAUCAGUUUCAUUGAAGAGAACAAUGCUGGUAAUGCAGCAGCUGCUCUUAUGGCUGGUCUUGCACCUAAGACUAAGGUUCUAAGGGAUGGAAAAUGGUGUGAACAAGAUGCAUCAAUUCUAGUACCAGGAGAUGUGAUCAGUGUGAAAUUGGGAGACAUCAUCCCGGCUGAUGCUCGUCUUCUCGAGGGUGAUCCGUUAAAGGUUGAUCAAUCUGCCUUAACUGGAGAAUCACUACCUGUGACCAAGAAUCCAGGGGAUGAAGUUUUCUCUGGCUCAACUUGCAAACAAGGAGAAAUUGAAGCUGUUGUUAUUGCUACUGGUGUCCACACUUUCUUUGGAAAAGCAGCUCAUCUUGUUGAUAGCACUAACCAAGUUGGACAUUUCCAAAAGGUUCUCACUGCCAUUGGAAACUUCUGUAUUUGCUCCAUUGCCAUUGGUAUGUUGAUUGAGAUCCUCGUUAUGUACCCAAUCCAACACCGUGCUUACCGAGACGGUAUCGACAACCUUUUGGUUCUCUUGAUUGGAGGCAUUCCAAUUGCUAUGCCUACUGUCUUGUCUGUGACUAUGGCUAUUGGUUCUCACAAACUGUCCCAACAAGGUGCUAUCACCAAAAGAAUGACUGCCAUCGAAGAAAUGGCCGGUAUGGAUGUACUUUGCAGUGACAAAACUGGAACGCUGACUCUUAACAAGUUGAGUGUUGACAAGAACUUGAUCGAGGUAUUUGCCAAGGGUGUAGACAAAGAACAUGUCAUUCUUCUUGCUGCAAGAGCUUCUAGGACUGAAAACCAGGAUGCAAUUGAUGCUGCCAUGGUUGGAAUGCUCGCUGACCCGAAAGAGGCAAGAGCUGGAAUUAGAGAAAUUCACUUCUUCCCAUUCAACCCUGUGGAUAAGAGAACUGCUUUGACUUACAUUGAUUCUAAUGGAAACUGGCACCGUGCUAGCAAAGGUGCUCCCGAACAGAUCUUGACUCUUUGCAACUGCAAAGAGGACUUCAAGAGGAAGGUGUUUUCUGUUAUUGACAAGUUUGCCGAGCGUGGACUUCGAUCAUUGGCUGUUUCAAGACAGGAAGUGCCUGAGAAGACUAAGGAGAGUCCCGGUGCUCCAUGGCAAUUCGUUGGUUUGUUGCCACUUUUCGAUCCUCCUAGACACGAUAGUGCUGAAACCAUCCGCAGGGCUCUCAACCUGGGUGUGAAUGUCAAGAUGAUUACUGGUGAUCAACUUGCUAUUGCAAAGGAAACCGGUCGAAGACUUGGAAUGGGAACAAAUAUGUAUCCAUCUUCUUCCUUACUUGGUCAGCACAAGGACGAAAGCAUUGCUGGCCUGCCAGUUGAAGAGUUGAUUGAGAAGGCUGAUGGAUUUGCUGGAGUGUUUCCAGAACACAAGUACGAAAUCGUGAAGAAGUUGCAAGAGAGAAAGCACAUUUGUGGAAUGACAGGAGAUGGUGUGAACGAUGCUCCUGCUUUGAAGAAGGCAGAUAUUGGUAUUGCUGUUGCUGAUGCCACUGAUGCUGCACGAAGUGCAUCCGACAUCGUCCUUACCGAGCCUGGUUUGAGUGUUAUCAUCAGCGCAGUGUUGACCAGCAGAGCGAUCUUCCAGAGGAUGAAGAACUAUACCAUUUAUGCAGUUUCCAUCACUAUUCGUAUUGUGUUUGGUUUCAUGUUGAUUGCCCUCAUUUGGAAGUUUGAUUUCUCUCCCUUCAUGGUUUUGAUUAUUGCCAUCCUGAAUGAUGGUACAAUUAUGACAAUCUCAAAGGACAGGGUGAAGCCAUCUCCAUUACCUGACAGUUGGAAACUAAAGGAGAUUUUCGCAACCGGAGUAGUACUAGGAGGGUACUUGGCAUUGAUGACGGUUAUAUUCUUUUGGUUAAUGGAAGGAACCAACUUCUUUUCGGAUAAAUUCGGUGUAAGAUCGAUCCGUCAUAAUGAAGAUGAAAUGAUGGCUGCUUUGUACCUGCAAGUGAGUAUUGUCAGCCAGGCUUUGAUUUUUGUAACUAGAUCGCGAGGCUGGUCAUAUGUGGAACGACCUGGACUUCUAUUAGUCGGCGCCUUCUUGAUUGCACAGCUGGUUGCAACUUUGAUUGCGGUAUAUGCAAACUGGGGAUUCGCAAAGAUCAAGGGAAUCGGAUGGGGAUGGGCCGGUGUCAUCUGGCUUUACAGCAUUGUUUUCUAUAUUCCUCUGGAUGUUAUGAAGUUUGCUAUUCGAUACAUAUUGAGCGGAAAGGCAUGGCUCAACUUGUUAGAAAACAAGACUGCUUUCACCACAAAGAAAGACUAUGGAAAAGAGGAAAGAGAAGCUCAAUGGGCCCUUGCUCAAAGGACAUUACAUGGACUUCAACCACCCGAGUCGACAAACAUCUUCUCCGAAAAGAGCAGCUACAGAGAACUCUCCGAGAUCGCAGAGCAAGCUAAGAGACGUGCCGAGAUUGCAAGGCUUCGAGAGCUCAACACACUCAAGGGACAUGUCGAGUCCGUGGUGAAGUUGAAGGGACUCGACAUCGACACCAUCCAACAACACUACACAGUGUGAGAAAAGUAAUGACUUCCUCAUAUGAAAUGAGAGAACAAUGAACUAAAAUUAAUUGUGAUUCACUUUGCUGUGCCAAGGAAAGAAAGAGACAAUGUUUGAGAAAGAGACAAAAACAAAAACAAACAUUUUAAAAAAAGUUCCUAAUUUGCCAAACCUUUCCAACAUACAGAGAGAUUGUGUGCCUUCCCUUCCUUGCCUUCCUUGCCUUGCCUUGCCUUGCCUUGUAAUUUUCCUAGUUUUUGCUUACUAUUUUUCUUCCAUAUGUAUUUGCAAUGUUAGUAAGAUAAAAGAAUUCUGUUUGGUUUUGACAAACUCCUCACCAUAAUGCAAUUUUAAGCAUUCAUCCAAA